AUGGACAAAAACAUGGAUUCUCCGACGGCUGCAAGUCCUCUGCCAGAGCCUGAGGGCCAAGAUAAUGAGACCGACUACUCAAGUAUUAGAGGAAAGAUGAUAUUAGUGAGUCCCACAGCUGAUGAGUAUGAUUUACUCCGCAAACAGUUAUUAGAGAGGCUAGAGGCAGGCAAUGGGGAAAUUAUUUAUGACAUAGGACAUGGAGAGGAUGGACGAGGUCUCACAGAAGAUGAAUACAGUGCAUCAGUGGCAACGCUGCAGUCUCUAGUAAGUGGCGAGCGCAUAUCUUGUGUGGAACUGCGGCGGUGGGACUGUGGCACUGGCCUCACUGGCCAGUACCUGCUACGCACUGAGCUGGACCAUAAUGAUUUUAUGGAGAUUAGAGUGGCAGUAGUGGGCAACGUGGACGCGGGCAAGUCCACGCUGCUGGGCGUGCUGACGCACGGCGAGCUGGACAACGGGCGCGGGUACGCGCGCCAGCGGCUCUUCCGACACAAGCACGAGGCCGAGAGCGGCCGCACCAGCUCCGUGGGCAACGACAUAUUGGGCUUUGAUAGUAUAGGUAACGUAGUGAACAAGCCCGAGCACGGCGCGCUGGACUGGGUGAAGAUCUGCGAGAAGUCGUCCAAGGUGAUCACGUUCAUCGACCUCGCGGGCCACGAGCGCUACCUCAAGACCACCGUGUUCGGCAUGACCGGCCACGCGCCCGACUUCGGCAUGCUCAUGAUCGGAGCUAAUGCGGGCAUAGUGGGCAUGACGAAGGAGCACCUGGGGCUGGCUCUGGCGCUGGCCGUGCCCGUGUUCGUGGUGGUCACCAAGAUAGACAUGUGUCCGCCAAACGUGCUGCAGGAUAAUCUGAAGCUACUCAUCAGGAUCCUUAAGUCGUCCGGCUGCCGCAAGGUGCCAGUGAUGGUGAAGACCAAGGAUGACGUCAUCGUCAGCGCCACCAACUUUGUGUCGCAACGACUAUGCCCAAUCUUCCAAGUGUCGAACGUGACUGGCGAGAACCUGGAGCUGCUGACGAUGUUCCUCAACCUGCUGAAGACGCGCAUGCCGUCGCAGGACGACAAGCCCGCGGAGUUCCAGAUAGACGAUACCUACUCGGUGCCCGGCGUGGGCACGGUGGUGUCGGGCACCACGCUGGCCGGCGUCAUCCGCCUCAACGACACGCUGCUGCUGGGCCCCGACCCGCUCGGCCGCUUCACGCCCAUCACCGUCAAGAGCAUCCACCGCAAGCGCAUGGCCGUCGCCGAGGUGCGCGGCGGACAGACCGCCAGCUUCGCGCUCAAGAAGAUCAAGCGGUCGGCGAUCCGCAAGGGCAUGGUGAUGGUGUCGCCGGCGCUGGAGCCGCAGGCGUGCUGGCAGUUCGAGGGCGAGAUCCUCGUGCUGCACCACCCCACCACCAUCUCCUCGCGCUACCAGGCCAUGGUGCACUGCGGCAGCAUCCGGCAGACGGCGUCCAUCCUGUCGAUGUCGCGCGAGUGCCUGCGCACCGGCGACAAGGCGCUCGUGCGCUUCCGCUUCAUCAAGCACCCCGAGUACCUCAAGCGCGGCCAGCGCAUGGUGUUCCGCGAGGGGCGCACCAAGGCGGUGGGUAACGUGCUGCGGCCCGAGCCCGCCGCCGGAGCCGCGCGCGCCGCGCCCGCGCGCCCCGCCCGCCACGCCGCGCGCGCGCCCGCGCCCGCCACCCUCGCCACACCCGCGCCUGACGCGCACGCGCAGACGCAGGAGAGUGACGUGACGGCGGUGGACUCGCCCUUCGAGGUGCAGAGCGACAAGCGCGCGCCGGCGCGGCGCCGCAAGCGUCACGACAAGCCCCCUCCCGCGCCCGCGCCCGCACCCCUCGCCGCCAAC